GGGCUUUGGGGGGCUGGAGGGGUCACCCCCCACACACCCCAGCUCCUCGGAGGGUCUGUCAAUGAAGGUUACACUGCGCUUUCAGAGAGCCCUCGGGGUCUGUCCAGUCUCCCUGUGGAAAGGUUUAAACCAGGCAAACCUGCCAAGCCACCACUCUCUCUUCAAAAUUUAUUCCCGUAAUUGUUCAAAAACAGUUUAUAUUUAGGCAUUUGUGCGUUGCGGUUUCUGCUUUUCUACUAAUUUCGUCUGUUUUGUUCUUGAGAUGUUUUCAGCAGUUUAUGUUCUCGCCUUUCAUCUUGACGUUUACUUUGUAAACGCUUGGCUACCAACUGUCCUUACCUGGUCUUCAGGGAAUACUGCAAUGCCCAAGAGGAAAAGAUUAACACAUAACACCAGCAAAUUGCUGCUUAUGUUUGUCUGGUGUAAUAGUUACAGAUUUAAACUGUAGGAUUUACUGCUAAUUUGCUAUUAAGAAGGGAAUAUUGCAGAAACAUGUAAAAAUGGGUGAAUUUGAACUCCUGAACAUUAAAUGCUUUGUUUCUUCUUUUUUUUAGGAGGAAACAUUAAUAUUAGGAAAUGGCAGAAGCAGUUUUUCAUCCCCCAAGAAGGAAAAGAAGAGUUUUUGAGUCCUAUGAAUCUCCCUUUCCUGUGGAUGUAGGUGGGAAGGACUUCAGAAUAUGCCAGGCUGAAAUCAUUAACAACAAUGUUAUUGUCAGGAACCCUGAAGAUAUUGAACAGCUCUACAACAAGGGCUAUUUUGGGAAAGGUAUCCUUUCAAGAAGUCGACCAGUGUACAGCAUUUCGGAUCGUUCCCUGGUUACUAAGUGGCAAGGUGCUAAUGUAAACUUGCCUAUCAUUACAUCCAAAAAGUACCAGCGUCAUGUUCAGUGGGCUAAAAGUGUUCUGCAAGAGCAAGGAUUUGAUGACUGCUCGGUUACCAAAAUUCUUGAAAAUUACACUAAACCUCUUGAGCUGCCAUGUUUGGAAGAGGAUGGAGCUGAAAAAAACGGUAAUAAUUGCAGCAAAAUGGGCCCAAAUACAGAAAAUACAGAACUUUCCAAGCAAUCUUCUACAGAUACUGGAAAUGCAGUAGCCCUAAGUUCUGAGAAUCAGAACAAAGGCUACAAGAAAGCCUGUUUGGAAGGAGAUCCAGCAUUUGAUUCUGUGGCUGUAAGUGCCUCUAAAGAACAGGAACAAGGUGGCUUGAAAGAGAUAGCUGAAGUGUCUUGCCAGAAGCAUGGUCUUCUCAUGCAGAGCAACUGUGAGGCAAGGGAGAACACUGAGCAAAGAUCUUGUGAGAUGAUCAAGUCAAAAGAAUAUGCUCCAGAAUAUGUAUUGGUGCAAGAGGAAGAAGAAGGUAGCUUAUGUCAUGAAGAUGAUUCUGCUUGCAUGCAAGAAAAUCCUGUCAAGAAGGAAAAAUUAGUAUGCAGAAGAAAUCCAUUCAGAAUUUUUGAAUAUUUACAACUCAGCUUGGAAGAGGCUUUUUUCUUGGUGUAUGCUCUGGGAUGCUUAAGCAUUUAUUAUGGUGAGGAGCCCCUAACUAUUUUGAAGCUAUGGGAAAUCUUCAGUGAAGUGAAGCCCAAUUUUAAAACGACUUACAUGGCCUAUCACUACUUCCGCAGCAAGGGCUGGGUCCCCAAAGUGGGACUGAAGUAUGGAACGGAUCUCUUGCUGUAUCGAAAAGGCCCUCCCUUCUAUCAUGCAAGUUACUCUGUCAUUGCUGAAUUAGUUGAUGAUAAUUUUGAAGGUUCUCUUCGCAGACCGCUCAGCUGGAAGUGCUUGUCUGGGCUGAACAGGACAACUGUUAAUGCUUCUAAGGAACUUAUGUUGUGCUAUCUGAUUAGACCGUCUGACAUGACUGAAGAAGAGAUGUCAACCCCAGAAUGUAUGAAAAAAAUUAAAGUUCAGGAACUGAUUGUAAGUCGUUGGGUUUCUUCCCGGGAGCGCAGUGAGCAAGAUGACUUUUAACUGACUGUGUAGGAAAAACUUUAAAACUUUAAAACUUUUUUUUAAAUCAUGUCUUGUUUGUUACCUCAUCUUCUCAUGAUGAACCAUUGCCUCAGAACAGUUUCUGUUGAUGUAUACAGUUGGGACGUAUAAAUGCUAUUUAAAAUGAGAUAUUUCAUGUUUACUGGAGAGAAUUUUGUAUUGAAAACUGAACUGAACUGUCAUAAUGCAUAGGAAGGGGAAAAAUUAAAGCUUUGUCCCAACAUAAA